AUGGGUAAUCGACAAAAAGGCCGUGAAACAUCAUCAUGGGAACUCGAUGAAAUAUCAAAUUUAGUUGGUAUUCCUCGUUUUCAAUUAGAAAAUAUUUAUAGAGAUUUUCGUCGUGUAUCAAAAGAUUAUCUUCUUGAUAAAUAUGAAUUUCGUCGUAUUUAUAAAGAUUUAAUAUGUUAUUCACCGAAUUCUCAAGAUUAUCUUCAUUUAACACCUGUUGAACGUACUCGACGACAUAAUGCUAUGGCUGAUCGAAUAUUUAAAACAUUUGAUAGAGAUAAUACAGGACGUUUAACAUUUGAUGAAUUUAUUUCUGCUUAUAUUUUAUUACAAGAUUCAAUAAAUCCACAAACACGUUUAAAUUUUUUACUUAAUCAUUAUUCACCAAAUAAUGGUUAUAUAACACCAACUAUGGGACGACGUGUUAUACAAGAUAUGACAAAUUUAUAUGGUAUUAAUGCUGAUUAUCAACAAGUAUGGAGAAAUCUAGAAGCUAAUUGUGCUCUACAAAAUGGAUUUGUACCACAAGAAGCAUUUACAAACUAUUUUAUAAAUCAUCCAGCUUAUUCAGCUGCUUUUUAUAAUGGUGUACAAGUACCUAUACCACCUCCAUCUCCACAAUUAUAA